UCUUCCAAGUUCUCGCAGCGAUCUCUUCCGAACAUACUACACUCGUCUCUGCGUGAGGCUGAGGCUCUUAGCGCUUUUUUUCGAUUUGUAGACCCUCGUCGGCACAACUUUUAGAUUGUAAGUGUGGCACUUUAUCCUCAUCGGCGACAUCAUUGCUCCACCAUUCUUUUCGUGUAUUCACGCACAGCUAGUUCGUUUAUUUUUUUUACGACUUGAGCGACUGCACGCACCACAAGUUUUUUCGCAAAUUUUGGUAUGCUGACGAGGUACCUGGGAACCGCAUCUUCCCAUGCGAGGUGAGACGCAAAUUUAGGCCUUUGCCCCCCCCUUUUGGGACCUGCACACAAAAAACUUUUUGUGAAUGAUUAUUGUAUUGUAUUGAUCAUUCGGGCAAGAUGAGCAGAAAACAUUUCUCGACGUCGACAAGGACCACAGGUCGUGGCACUAGUACUUUUCUGGCUCUUGCAUUCCUCACCGCCGUGCAGCUUGACAGUGUCGCCGUUUUUGCUUGUGAAUUAUCACAGGAAAAAGUGUUACAGUUACACACCUGUUGGAGUUUCUGCAUCACAAAGUUGCUCGACAUGGCAAAGAAAACCUGUGAUGCGCAGACUAUAAGGGAAAACACGUAUGAAAUGAGGUUGGCAAGCAUUUCCUGCAUGACAGAGGUUAUCUGUCUUGCUUGUCUCCCAUCAGAGUGUGUAACUGUAACACUUUUUUCUCACGAUAUGAAUCCUCGAAGUUUUAUUGCCCGGAAACCAACACGCUAGAGUAUCAAAUGCAAAUAUGUCUGGGUCUGAACGAGUGUGAUGCUGUUUGUGCAUGACCCAGAAGGUCUGGUAUGCAAGUCCUAGCAACACAGGUUUCGAGUAGGUUAGGCGAUGCCUAAUCCGCAUGACAAGUUCCCUCUUUUGGUGACAAGAAGUGAGCAACUUUUGCGGUCCAUGCAUGACAGAUUUUUUUCUGCUCUCAAAUGGAUGCGCAUCAGAAGUUUACAUCUUUCCAGACCCGGACAUAUUUGCAAUGCAUAUAGAGUCCGACUGCACUAAAUGCGGAGACUACAAAGUGUCCGACGCCGAUUCGGAUCCCAAAGUCUGCAUCAAGAGGCAGGUGCAAUUUCUACCGAUGUCAUAUUAGCAUGGAGCGAUGUACCAUGUAGUACACGGUCGAAUGUACUAUGGUCUACGGACAUCGUGCUUAUUCCCAAAAAGCGCUCAUUCGAAACACCGACCCUUCGUGAAAAGAAGCGGCAUUACAUUUUUGAAUUUCGUCCACAUCAAUAAAAUUGUUUUUGUUUUAGCUACAAUUUAUUCAUCAAUUUCUUCCUUCAGGUUUUCUCGUCCAAGUACUGGGUGCACGACCUGUUCGGGGUGCUGAUAUGGUUUGUGGGAGCCGGCCUGGCGAUGGCAGCCGGCGUUGGCGGCGGCGGCAUCUUCGUUCCCGUGGGGAUUCUGCUGCUUCGCUUUGGCGCAAAAACGGCGACCGGCCUCUCGCAGGCGUCGAUCUUUGGCGCCUCGAUAGCCGGACUGGUGAUCAACUUGCAAAACCGCCACCCCCUCGCGGACCGGCCGCUGAUUGAUUUAGACAUGGCUCUGUUUCUGGCGCCGAUGGAAAUGGCAGGCGCGGUGCUGGGGGUACUGGUGCAGAAAUUUCUGCCGGACUGGGCCGUCAUUCUGAUCAUGGCGGUGAUCUUAGGGCAGACUGGAAGGUUGACGUUCAAGAAAGGUACUUACAUAAUAGGACUUUCUUGUUAGCGGAUGAAUUUCUUUGAUACGAUGGAUCGCGCGUGGAACUAUUAUCGAGUAGAACCAGAUGAAAACUACCACAACGAUCACCCGAAAUAUUGAAAAUUCUUCUUGCACAGCUUUCAAGCAACACGAAAAAGACAAGAAGCUUCGUGCAGAAAAAGAGGCCAAGAAGAACGGACCGACAGCUGCUGCAACCAGUACGGAAAACAAUAAACCGAGUUCUUCUACUGCGAUAGAGGAUGCACCAGCGGCUAUCACUGCUGACGAUGUGAAUGUGGAAGUUGUCCCCGCAGCUGUAACGCAGGACCGGGAGGUACUUAGUUUUGUGCGGAUUUUUUUUACGACGAAAAUCAACCGAUUUUUAUUUGCAACAGUAGCCUACGUAUUUGUACCUACCGCUAGAGAAAGAUGAAGAUCAUUCUGCUUCUGCAGACAACGUAUAACGCCCUCUAGCUAGUACACCAUCAACGGCACAAAGACACUACCAAACUAAACCUACUACUAGGCCGGCAUGGAUGAGUCCGCACCAGGAGCUGAAGGAGACGACCCACCGACCGGCCAACCGAACGAAGUGAACACGCCUGCAGCGGGCCCAUCUGCCACUGGCUCCCCCUGCGUAGUUGCCGGGGAUAGUAAAAAGGACACGAACCUCAACCUGCUGGACAAUUCCACUGCGCCAAAAGCAGCCACGAGCAGCCCGCAAGCCUGCUUGACGAUUCAGACUGAGAAUCUCGACCAAGUAGCAAACCGCGGAGAAGAAGAUGUUCAUGUUGUUCACGACGCUCAGCCCGGAAUUAUGACCUCGCAACCAGCUCCUGUUUCCCUCCUGCCCGCAAACGUGUCGCAGCGGCUGGACGAGCUGGAGGCGCAGUCGCCGAAAUGGAUGCGGUCCAAAAGAGACCUGGACCACGUGUACGGGUCGACCGAGUGGCUGACGCGCGACAGCAAACAUAUCAAAUGUAAAAAUGUCUGGGUCUGGAAGAGUGCAACUUGUCAUGCUAAAUCUGAAGCAUGCAAAAAUCUGUGUUGCAUGAUUGCCCAAAAAUAGGCGCUUAGGGUGAACUAUGUAUGUAGCGCUUAGGGCCCUUCCGUACGGCCAUUUGUAUGUCCCACAACGGGGCUCGCCUAAGUCGGUCACUUGUAUGCAAGGCGUUGGGUUACCCGGUCGGCAGAGCCGAUCCACAACCAACCAUGAUUGCCAAAAAUCGUCCAGUUUUGACCAAGUCGGGUGGCAGUUUCUCAUGCAGGAUAGGCAUGAGAAAGUGAUCGCACAGAAUCUGUCAUGCUAGGUCCUGCAUUCCAGACCUCAUGGGUCAUGGAAAAGCUGCAUGACAAAUUGCGCACUCUUCCAGACCCAGACAUUUUUACAUUUGAUAAAACAGCCCUGGAGACAGUUCGGGUACCUGUUCGUGCUCUGGAUUUUUCUGCUGCUCGUCUUGCUCUUCCGCGGCGGCAAGGGCAUGGACAGCUUGCUGGGGGACGAGCUGGUGCCCAUGUGCGGCGAGGCCUACUGGAGUUUCACCGCCCUGGCCUUCGUGUUUCUGUUCGGCUUCGGCGUGCAGAUGGCGCGUCGGGCGGUGCACAAAUCCGUCCGGAAGCAGGCGGUGGACUACCCCUUCGUCGAGGGCGAUGUGCUGUGGACCUUUGAGAAGGCGGCGUUUUACGCCCGCUGGACCUUCCUGGCCGGCAUCCUGGCCGGGUUAAUCGGGAUCGGCGGCGGCAUGGUGCUGGGGCCCUUGAUGCUGCAGAUGGGCGUGCUCCCGCAGGUCUCUACCGCCACCACCGCGACGUUGAUCGCCCUCACCAGCUCCUCGGCGGCCCUGAUGUUCGUGUCCUCUGGUCUGGUGCCCUGGAGCUACUUAUGCAGUGCAAAUAUGCCUGGGUCUGGAUUUGUGAUACUUACAGGACUUCAAGGACAACAAGAUCUGUAAAUUACAGAAUGCAUGGAUACCAUUUUUGGUCAGCUUUUUUGUCGUGCUGGAUGGCAGUUUGUAGUGCUAAACACGAAUGAAUCCGCAAGGAGCCGAGGGAAAUUUCUCAUGCUGUUAUGCCGUACAAGCAGCAAUUUUGCAAUGCAAGUAUCAGCAACACAAGUUUCCAGACCCAGACAUUUUUGCAUUUGAUACUACUCCGUGCUGUUCUGCGUCGUCGCGUUCGUCGGGGCGCUGCUCGGAAAGUCGAAAAUCGACAAGGUGGUCAAGGAGAAGCAGAUGACGAGCAUCCUGAUCUUAUCCUAAAUAAAAACGUACCCACCCCAUAGUCAAGAUGGGGAUUCGGCUAGACAAAUCCACAAGCUUUGGCUGUUUGGCAUGACAAAUUUGGACGCGUAGCGUAGUGCUGUUUGAGCUAGUUCAGCAGCAUUACAGAUCUAGUCUCUCAUGCUGAUUGGAGCAUGACAAAUUUCAAAACACCAUUAGAAAAUGCUCUGCAUGGGGCUCCGCAUGAGAAACAUUUUAAGCAUGCAGAGUUGCGUGACAACUAAAAAAAAAAAAAGAGUUGCGUGACAACUAUGGUGUGGGGACGUUUUUACACAGGAUAGAUCUUUCUCCUCGCGUUCCUCAUUUGUUUUGCGACCCUGAUGAUCACGCUGGCGGGGUUGCUCAAGUACGAAAAACAAGAUUGGUGCUUCGAGGGAAUCCAGCAGAUGUGCAAAUAGGAGUUUGCCUGUUUUUCCUCUAGUCCGCUAGUUAGGUACAACUUAAAGAGUAAGAGCUAUACUCGGCUGGAACUUUGACAAAACUAGUUGAGUUCUAUCCGGGUAGUUCCUAUAAAACGGAAGUGACCGUGCCGACGCCAGUGCAUCAGGGCUGCUGCACGAAUUUUGUAUAAUAUCAAUUCAGUAAGAAUCGUUUACUUCAUCCCUCACUGUAUGAGCAGGAAAGCGAAAUAAAAUAUCCUCAAAAUCGUGUACGAUAUAACCCUGGAAAGACUUCUUCCACAUCUGCUAAAGCAGGUUACACUAAGAUCUCCUGCUACACACAAGUCGCUAUAUCCUUGUAAAUUACCGAGCCUUGCUUCUGCAGCUUAGUUGGUUUCGCGAUUCGUGUCUUGAUUCGUUGCAGAUGCAGCCCCUGCAUCAAGUUCGGAUAUGCAAACACUGGCCGCGCCACGCUGUUUUGGGCGAUCGGACGCGCUGGAAUGGAAAUGAACUUUUGUACGAAUUUUUCAAAUACAGUUUCGGCUAAUCGUCGCAAAAACAU